UGCGACCCCGCCAAGCCGAAAAAUGAGGGGCGCCCUGUCCCGACCGCUGCUGCUCCAGUUGGUGCUGCUGCUGCUGCUGUCGCCUUCGAGGGACCGAGUGCGCGCCGCGAAGCCCCAGGCCCCGGGCUAUUUGAUCGCUGUGCCCUCUGUCUUCCGCCCGGGAGUGCAGGAAGUCAUCAGUGUGACCAUCUUUAAUUUCCCCAAGGAAGUCACGGUCCAGGCUCAGCUGGUGGCCCAGGGCGAGGCGGUGGCCCAGAGCCAGGGAGCUGUCCUGGAUAAAGGAACCAUCAAACUCAAGGUCCCCACGGGCCUCCGCGGCCAGGCGCUCCUGAGGGUGCAGGGCCACAGCCCGUGGGCGGAAGAGGGCACCCUCUUCCACAACCAGACCUCGGUGACGGUGGACAGCCGAGGGGCCUCUGUGUUCAUCCAGACCGACAAGCCCGUCUACAGGCCCCAGCACCGAGUGCACAUCAGCGUCUUCACCGUGUCCCCAGACCUGAGGCCUGUCGAUGGGAAGGUGGACGCGUACGUCCUGGACCCCCGCGGCUCUCGGGUGGUGGAGUGGCGGUACCUGAAGGCGCCGUGCUGCGGCGUCACCAACAUGAGCUUUCCCCUGUCCGACCAGCCCGUGCUGGGGCAGUGGUCCGUCUUUGUGGAGACGCAGGGCCACCUGUACAACAGGUCCUUUGAGGUCCAGAAGUACGUGCUGCCCAGGUUUGAGCUCCUGAUCGCCCCUCCCCCGUACAUCCGAGACCUGGACGCCUGUGAGAAGGCCACCGUGCAGGCCAGGUACACCUUUGGGAAGCCCGUGUCCGGGACCUUAACGAUCAACAUGACUGUGGACGGAGUGGGGUACUACAGCCACGAGGUGGGGCGCCCCGUCCUCAGAACCACGAAGAUCCUGGGCUCCCAGGCCUUUGACAUCUGCGUGAGGGACCUGAUCCCGGUGGACGUUCCCGAGCACUUCCGGGGCAGGGUCAGCAUCUGGGCCACAGUGACCAGUGUGGAUGGGAGUCAGCAGGUGGCCUUCGACGACUCCACCCCUGUCCAGAGGCAGCUGGUGGACGUCCGCUACUCCAGGGACACGCGGAGACAGUUCAAGCCAGGCCUGGCCUACGUGGGGAAGGUGGAGCUCUCCUACCCCGACGGCAGCCCAGCCCAGGGCGUGACGGUGCAGGUCAAGGCGGAGCUGAUGCCCAGGGACAACAUCUACACCCGCGAGUUCCUGUCCCAGGGUGGGCUCGUGCGGUUCGAAAUCCCCUCCAUCCCCACGUCGGCCCAGCGAGUGUGGCUAGAGACCAAGGUGACGGCACUGGACGGGAAGCCCGUGGGGGUCCAGUACCUGCCCAGUUACCUCGCCCUUGGCAGCUGGUACUCCCCCAGUCAGUGCCACCUGCAGUUACAGCCGCCCUCGCGUCCCCUGCAGGUUGGGGAGGAGGCCCGUUUUUCUGUGCAGUCUACGUGUCCCUGUAACUUCACCCUGUACUACGAGGUGGCCGCUCGGGGCAACAUCGUGCUCUCCGGCCAGCAGCCCGCCCACAUCACCCUGCAGCGGAGCAGGCGGGCAGCCCCGGCUCCAGAGAAGCCCAUUCGCUUGACGCACCUUUCGGAGACGGAGCCCCCUCCGGCCCCAGCCGCCGAGGUCAACGUGUGCGUGACCUCUCUCCGAUUGGUCGUGACCCCUGGCAUGGCCCCGCUUGGCCGCCUGCUGGUUCUGUACGUCAGGGAGGAUGGAGAAGGGGUCACCGACAGCCUCCAGUUUGCAGUCGAGAAUUACUUCGAAAACCAGGUUUCACUGACAUAUUCAGCAAACGAGACCCGUCCCGGGGAGGUGGUGGACCUCCGGGUCAGGGCCGCGAGGGGCAGCUGCGUGUGUAUUGCCGCGGUGGACAGGAGCGUCUACCUGCUCAGGUCUGGGUUUCGGCUGACUCCGGCCCAGGUUUUCCGGGAACUGGAAGACUACGACGUUUCCGACGCCUUCGGUGUGUCCAGGGAGGACGGAGCGUCCUGGUGGGCGGGGCUGACCGCUCGACGGCGCCGGCGCUCCUCGGCCUUCCCGUGGCCCUGGGGUGUCACCAAGGACUCGGGAUUUGCCUUCACCGAAACAGGACUAGUGGUGAUGACCAACAGGGUCAGCCUGAACCACCGGCAGGACGGCAGCCUCUACACCGACGAGGUUGUCCCGGCUUUCCAGCCCCACACAGGGACCCUGGUGGCCGUGACGCCUUCCAGGCAACCCCCCAGAGCAGAGAAGAGGAAAAGGACGUUCUUCCCCGAGACGUGGCUUUGGCGGUGUGUCAACGUCAGUGACCCGUCAGGGGAGGAGACCCUCAGUCUGCAGGUGCCUGACUCCAUCACCAGCUGGGUGGCGGAGGCCGUGGGCCUCUCCGCCUCACGCGGCCUGGGAAUCGCCGAGCCCGCCCUGCUGAAGACCUUCAAGCCCUUCUUCCUGGACUUCACGCUGCCACCUCUUGUCGUCCGCGGGGAGCAGGUCAAGGUCCCACUCAGUGUCUACAACUACUUGGGCACCUGUGCUGAGGUGCACGUGAAGAUCUCCGUGCCCAAGGGCGUCCAGCUGGUGGGGCACCCCGGCAGACGGCACCUGACCCAGGAGAUGUGUGUGGCCCCCGGGGAGACGGGACCCACCUGGGUGGCCCUGUCCUUCAGCAACCUGGGGCUCAGCAACAUCACAGCCAAAGCCCUGGCCUAUGGAGACGCCGGCUGCUGCCGGGACGGGAGGCCCAGCAGACACGCAGAGGACGGUCCCCCCGACGGGAGGGUCCCCGCCGGGGCGGACCACGUCCGGCGCAGCCUGACCGUGGAGCCUGAAGGGGCGCCGCGGUCCUACACCUACAGUGCUUUCUUCUGCCCCAACGAGAGACUCCACAUCUCCACCCCCAACAAAUACGAGUUUCAGUAUGUGCAGCGGCCGCAGCGUCUCACCCAUUUCGAUGUGGCCGUGCGAGCACACAACGACGCCCGUGUGGCCUUGUCCCCGGGGCCCCAGGACACAGCGGGCAUGAUCGAGAUCGUCCUGGGGGGCCACCAGAACACCAGGUCAUGGAUGGCGACCAGCAAGAUGGGUGAGCCCGUGGCCAGCGCCCACACGGCCAAGAUCCUCUCCUGGGACGAGUUCAGGACGUUCUGGAUCAGCUGGCGCGACGGGCUCAUCCAGGUUGGCCAUGGUCCAGAGCCAUCCAACGAGUCCGUCAUCGUGGCCUGGGCCCUCCCGAGGCCACCGGAGGUCCGGUUCAUUGGCUUCUCCACUGGCUGGGGCUCCGUGGGCGAGUUCCGCCUCUGGCGGAAGAUGGAGGUGGAGGAGAGCUACGGCGAGGCCUUCACCCUGGGGGUCCCCCACGGGGCCAUCCCUGGGUCUGAGCGGGCAGCUGCUUCCCUCACAGGUGGCAUUGUGGGGGGGUGCCAGGCCCGGGCCCUGCAGGCAGCCCCGGGGCAGCUGUUCAGCAGAACCGGUCCCCUUCUUCCCAUAGGGUACCAGCGCCAGCUGACCUACAGGCACCAGGACGGAUCCUACAGUGCCUUCGGGGAGCGGGACACGUCGGGGAGCAUGUGGCUCACAGCCUUUGUCCUGAAGUCCUUCGCGCAGGCUCGGAGCUUCAUAUUCAUCGACCCCCAGGAGCUGGCCGCCGCCAAGGGCUGGAUCAUCCAGCAGCAGGGAGCUGACGGCGCCUUCCCCGUGGUGGGCAGGAUCCUGAACAAGGACAUCCAGGGUGGGAUCCACGGUACAGUCCCGCUGACGGCCUACGUGGUGGCUGCUCUCCUGGAGACUGGCACAGUGUCCGAGGAGGAGAGGGCCGCCGUUGCCAAAGCAAGACGCUUCCUGGAGUCCAGGGGGCCCCUGGCCACAGAUCCCUACAGCCAUGCUCUGACCGCCUACGCGCUGACCCUGCUCCGCAGCCCCGCAGCCCCUGAGGCCCUGCGCAGACUCCGCAGCCUCGCCAUCACGCAGGGUAGGUGUUCCCUGGCCACCAACCCGGAGGCCACCAUGUGGGACAGCCCACUCUUACUGUGGCCGGGCCCAAGGCAGACCUCAACAGGACAUCAGCCAUGGGCUCCAGGGGACAAGGGGGACCAUGAAUCCUCCUCAGGUCCCCGCCCCCUCCCCUCUCUGGGAAGGUGGCUGCACACAGGGUCUUCCAACAUGGCCGUCCUCGAGGUGCCCCUGCUGUCCGGCUUCCGGGCUGACGUGGAGAGCCUGGAGCAGGUGAGGCGUGCUGCUGGCGGGGGUGGCCAGGGCCGGACCCUACCUCGUCCCCCAGGCUGGUCCCCGGGCGAGCUGGGCCCCGCGGUGGCCCCUGAGGAGGGGGCGGCGAUUGCACGCUGCGGCUGCGCUCGCGACUGUGGCGCCCACGCGGACCCCGUGUGCGGCUCGGAUGGCGUGGUCUACACCAGCGCCUGCCACCUGCAGGAGGCCGCCUGCCGCCGGCGCGCGCACCUGGAACCCGUGCCCCCGGGUCUCUGUGCCCUCGCCCUGGCCCCUUCAUCUUCCUGCUCCCGUCUCCCCUCUCCGCCUGCCUGUGCCGCCCCUGCCCGGUCCUUGCCUGCUGCUCACCCACCCGCUGUGCUCCUGGUUAGCCUCCGCCCUCCUGUCUCCCCACACCUCCCUCCUACUUCCCCGCGUUUUUGUGCAGCUCUUUCUGGGUCUCCCCCGGCCUCACUCCACCUUGGUGACCAGUCAGCCUCUCACAGGUUCCCCGGGCUCAGGCUCCCUCGCCUCUCCCACCUCUCCUCCCCCCAUCUCCAUCUUUCUGUCUUUUGAUUCCAGGUGGAUGACCUUGUCCCUUGGCUGGCUGGCUGCCAUGCCAUCUCUGUUUGCACCCUGCUCUCUGUCUUGCUAAGUCUCUCCCACCUUCAUCUCACCUUGGAGUCCUUCUGCACUCCUUCCCCAUGUCUGCCCCUGGGUGUCCCCUCUUCUCUGGUCUGGGGCCUUCUCCUCCCCCUCUGUCACUCUGGGCUCAGCAUGUACCUCCUCCUCUCCCUCACCCUGUGUCCCUCUGGACCGCCAGCAAUCCCGUCCCUUCCUGCAGCACCUCCUGGACCAGGCCCCCCCUCCCUUCCAGAGCAGC